CCGGGCCGCGGUGCAUGUUCGCCUCUUGCCACUGUGUGCCGAGAGGCAGGAGGACCAUGAAAAUGAUCCACUUUCGGAGCUCCAGCAUCAAAUCGCUCAGCCAGGAGAUGAAAUGCACCAUCCGGCUGCUGGACGACUCGGAGAUCUCCUGCCACAUCCAGAGGGAGACCAAAGGGCAGUUUCUUAUUGACCACAUCUGCAAUUACUACAGCUUGCUGGAGAAGGACUAUUUUGGCAUUCGUUAUGUGGACCCAGAGAAGCAGCGGCACUGGCUUGAACCUAACAAGUCCAUCUCCAAGCAAAUGAAAUCUCAUCCACCAUACACCAUGUGCUUUAGAGUGAAAUUCUACCCACAUGAACCCUUGAAGAUUAAAGAAGAGCUCACAAGGUAUCUUCUGUACCUGCAAAUUAAAAGAGAUAUUUUCCACGGUCGACUGCUCUGCUCCUUUUCAGAUGCUGCCUACCUGGGUGCCUGUAUCGUUCAAGCUGAGCUCGGUGAUUACGAUCCUGACGAGCAUCCAGAAAAUUACAUCAGUGAGUUUGAGAUUUUCCCCAAGCAGUCACAGAAGCUGGAAAGAAAAAUAGUGGAAAUCCAUAAAAACGAACUCAGAGGCCAGAGCCCACCCGUUGCUGAAUUUAACUUACUCCUGAAAGCUCACACUUUGGAAACCUAUGGGGUGGACCCCCACCCAUGCAAGGAUUCAACAGGCACAACAACAUUUUUGGGAUUCACUGCAGCAGGUUUUGUGGUAUUUCAGGGAAAUAAGAGAAUCCAUUUGAUAAAAUGGCCAGAUGUCUGCAAAUUGAAGUUUGAAGGGAAGACAUUUUAUGUGAUUGGCACCCAGAAGGAGAAAAAAGCCAUGUUGGCAUUCCAUACUUCAACACCAGCUGCCUGCAAACAUCUUUGGAAGUGUGGGGUGGAGAACCAGGCCUUUUAUAAGUAUGCGAAAUCCAGUCAGAUCAAGACUGUGUCAAGCAGCAAGAUAUUUUUCAAAGGAAGUAGAUUUCGAUAUAGUGGUAAAGUUGCCAAAGAGGUGGUGGAGGCCAGCUCCAAAAUCCAGAGGGAGCCUCCGGAGGUGCACAGAGCCAACAUUACUCAGAGCCGAAGUUCCCACUCUUUGAACAAACAGCUCAUCAUUAACAUGGAGCCCCUGCAGCCCCUGCUGCCUUCCCCCAGUGAGCAGGAAGAGGAGCUUCCAUUGGGCGAGGGUAUUCCCUUACCCAAAGAAGACAUUUCUGCCCCCUUGAUCUCUAGCUCACCAGUGAAGGAAGCCCGGGAGUAUGAAAACCCCCCAAGUGAAGAGGAAGAUAAAAUAAAAGAAGAGCCCUUGACCAUCUCUGAACUGGCAUACAACCCGAGUGCCAGCCUGCUCCCCACCCCUGUUGAUGAUGAUGAGAUUGACAUGCUCUUUGACUGUCCAUCAAGGCUGGAGUUGGAAAGAGAAGACACAGAUUCAUUUGAGGAACUGGAAGCAGAUGAAAAUGCCUUUUUGAUGGCCGAAGAAGAAGAGCUGAAGGAGGCUCGCCAAGCUUUGUCGUGGAGCUAUGACAUUCUGAGCGGCCAUAUUCGGGUGAACCCACUGGUCAAGAGUUUUUCCAGGCUCCUUGUGGUGGGCCUGGGGCUGCUGCUCUUUGUAUUCCCCCUGCUCCUCCUCCUUUUGGAGUCAGGUAUUGAUCUCUCCUUCUUAUGUGAAAUCCGCCAGACGCCAGAGUUUGAGCAGUUUCACUAUGACUACUACUGUCCUCUAAAGGAGUGGGUGGCUGGCAAAGUAAACCUCAUUCUCUACAUGCUGGGUUGCUCAUAAAGUUCAUAUCUCAUGUGACUAAGGGCUAUAUUCAAUACUAGUGAUUUGUUUUUUUGGUUUUUUCAGCAACUACCUGGUUCCGAAUGGUCAUGGGGCCAUCAACAGGUGUUCGUUACUCAUAACUGAUUAUUAAAAACUUUAAGUUAGCUUUCCAUAAUUCACUGCAGCUAAGUAAGUUUAAGUCAAAUGCAGUUAUUUUAGUUCUAGGUCAGGAAGAUGGCCUUUAACCAAAAAUAUGUUUAUUUUUUAGUAUACUACAGACAUACUCUUUAUCUAUUAUAUCAUAAUACAGAAUACACUGCGCUGAAUUAGAUUUCCUCCUUUUUUAAUAGUUAGCACCAUUAUAAGGUUCAGAAUCAGAAUUUUAGUAAAAACCCAAGAGAAAGUUUUUGAAUAUAAUCCUUAGUGAAAACAAUGUCCUCUAACCGAUGCCUAUACAACUAAAUUUAUGCUGGGCUUUUGUUUUCUGUUUUUUUAAAACUAUUUUUAUGUGUUCAAAAUAUUUUGGUAAAUUUUUAGCAAAAAAAAAAAAAAAAGAAGCCUCCUGGAGUUAUUUAAGUGUACAGAUUGUAAGACUAAUGCACAAAGGGUAUGUCGGGAAUUUUUUAAUGUUUUGGCACUGGUUUGUUUUUUAAAAUAUUUUUGGCUGAACAAUUACAUAAUUUGUUACCUUCAGAGGAGAUAGAAAAUAGGUAGGAAGACACUGUAGUAAGUAAGCUCUUAAAAUGGAUGAUGGAACUAGAGGAUGUAGAAACUAAGAACACUCAAGCAGAUACUGGGUAGUCUGUUUUUCAAAGUAUUUGGACCAGAAGACUUACU